AUGGCUAGUAAGGAUAAGCCAACCGCAGGCCGCGACGCAGAGGGCAAGGCUGGCGGCGCUGGAGGACUCGGUGCCAAAGCAACUACCACUCCUGGACGCAAGGCGUUGGGCGUCGGCCCAAACAGUCCACGCGCACGAAACACGCCAGGGCAGAAAAGGAACGGCGCGGAAGACCGCACCCAGCAAGACUCGGCCACCAAGUCCUCUGAUCACCGGGUCGAAGCUCCUCGAAGCGCUGCAGGCCACUCAGUGCCGAAGGCUACCGCUUCGUCGAAAUUCCCCAACCGACCGAAGGCCGGCAGUUCUAGCGCAUCGAAGACAGCCGCCGGGAGCCCGAGGACCGCGGUUGCAACCCCGAAGGAUGGCGGGGCUAAGCUCAAACCCAAGAGCAGCGUCACUAACCCUAAACACUACGCCGCGGGAGCAAGGGCCGUCGGAGGGAAGCCAAAGGCCACGAAAGUCGGCGGCGCUGACUCCGAACACGAAGAACCAGGUACGCGAACUGCUAGCCUGAAGCGCACCCUCACCAAGUCCGGCAAUUCGGGCCCGAAGGCCGAGUCCGGCAGAACGUCCCCUGGGAGCCUGAAAAUGAAGAGCGGUGCGGCAAGUCUCAAGGGCAGCGUGCAAAGCCCAAAGAGGGGCGCCGCAACCGCCAGGGGCCGUGGCGCCGUCGGUCUCAGGAAUAUCAUCAAGUCGACCCUGAAGGCCGAGUCCAGCAGAAAGUCGCCGGGGACCGCGAAUUUGAGGAGCAGCGCGGCAAGUCCGAAGAGUGGUGUCGCGACUGCCGGGGGCCGUAGCGUCGGCAGUGCCAACAAGGGCGCCACGAGUCCAAAGACAAAGGGGAAGAGCGCCGCCGUUAGCCGCGUGGGCAGUGCUCACAAGGCUGGCUCCCUCCCGACCUCAGGCAAGAGCGUCAAGGGCAAGACAGGUGUCAAACUGGCCAUCACGGCCACCGACGACGAAGGCGGGAAAGACGACGAGGAGAAGGCCGCCCGCAAGCGCCAUUACGGUCGGCGCAAGUCGAUCGUCGCCGCGGCCAUGGCUAGGUUCCGCAAGUCCAUGAAACCUGAUCAGGAAGGCGGCUCUAAAAGCAGCACUGAGACGCUGAGCAGCAAGGACCAGAUGUCCCUGUUCCUGGUGGUAACGGUGGCCGGAUUCCUCGUCGUAUUCAUGGCCAUCCUAAUCUUCUUUUUCUUCCUCGGUGGCACCAACAUACCCGAGGGCGUCGCAUGCAUCACCGAUGAAUGCUUGGAGGCCAAACAGUAUCUGGACAGCCUGCUGAACGACACCAGGAACCCGUGCACCGACUUUUACGGCUACGUGUGCGGCUCGUGGAAGGGAAAAGGGGGCAGCUUCUACGACGGCGCAGCGAUGAGCGCCCUCUUCAGGCUCAACGCGACGCUGCGUGGCAUGCGGGAGAUCAAGCGCAAAGAAGAGAUACGUCAGGGCAUGCACAUCCUGAAGCCCAUAUACAGUGGCUGCUACACCUACAUGUCGAAGCCGGUGAAACUGACCGAGGCGCUGCACGACGCGCAGCUGUAUCUCGAGAUCGAGAAGCUGAUGAACUCCAGGACCUUCUUCGAUGUGGUGCGCUACCUCGUGCAACAAUCCCUGCAGGUGGGCGUGUACACGCUGUUCCACUUGCGGUUCAUCUACGAGGCUGGCCGUCCCAUGCUGUUUAUAAGCGAGGGCUACAGCCUAUCGGGAAAGCUCGGCCAACCAUUCGGCAACGUUCACGAUAUCUUCGUUAGAAUCCUCCAGGUUUUGUUCAACCGCACCGACGUCGACGACCAAUUGGAUCUCCUCACGACAAUGGACGCCGAAGUUGAGAAAAUCUUCAGCACUGGCGAGAGGAAGAUGGCGCAGGUGAUGCUGCGCGACGCGCUUCAUGGCAUGGUCACCGGAGUCUCGGCGGAAGACUGGGUGGCCGCUGUGCGUGCCUCGCACCGCGAGGAGAUUGCCCUCGUGGUCACUGACGACAUACUAACCAACAACUCGGGGGUUUACAAGCCCGCUAUGCAGGCGGUGACGAAGCACGGCGUGACCAAUGCCACCUUCUACCUGGCUACCAACCUGGAGGCCGACAUGCUUUACGUGCUGUCGCAGCACAGCAUCAUCUCCAAGCACGACGUGAGCAAGGGCUUCUACUGCCUCUAUUUCACCCAUAAGUGCCUGGCGCUCACCUGGGCCUACCUGGCCGCGCGGCUGCUGGCGCCUGUGGGCAGCACGGGUGUCAUCUACAACAUGCUCAAGUUCAUGAAGGAAAUCGUCAGUGAGACGCAAGAGGCGUUCAGUUGGAUGAAGAACGCCACCGCCGUCAAGGCCAUGGACGAGGUGUCCAAGACGUCGCUACAAGUGGUCGCGGGCGAAGGCUUCAACAUCUCGCGCGUCGACUACGCGGGUCCGACGCCAGCGCUGGACGAGGAGGACUCGUUCCUGAAGAACCUGUUAAUAGCCUUGAGGCACCAUCACACAGUGAUGGCCGCCAACCCGCCCACACUCCUCGAGCUGAGACUGUCGGAUUAUGAGUUCUCAAGCAGCUUGACGUACGUGCGGGAAAAGAAGGCGAUCCUUGUGCCGACCCUAUACCAGAACAACCCGUACGUUUACCUGUUCCGUGUGCCGGACUUCUUCAACUACGGCACGCUGGCGGCGCUUCUCGCAAGAGAACUGGUCACGGGGGCCGUCGGCUCGCUCCAGAAUGACUGGAACGACGAGACGCGGGCCCAGCACGCUCAGGUCCUUCGCUGCCUGGCGGAGCGGCGCAAAAGUUUGGGCUUUGGUGGACUGAGCCCUGAUGGCGGCGAGAGGAAGGAGGAGCUGGUUCUGACUCUCACAAUAAGCGUCCGGAUCGCCUACUACGCUCUCAUGAAGAGCUUCCGCAUCCAGGCUGGAACGGGCAAGAUGUUCAACGAGUACUGGCCCGCGGCGGAGCAAGUGUUCUUCGCUCGCUACUGCUUGCUCUGGUGCAGCGCCUCGGAGGUCGCGAACCCGCUCACGCCGCGCGAGAAGUGCAUGCUGCCGCUGUACAACAUGGAGGAGUUCGUCGACCACUACGGCUGCAAGGAUCGCGCCAACUUCACCACGGCGCCCUUCUGCAAAGUGUAGCGUGACGCCUCCGUGCCGCACUAGACGCCUCUGCACAUUAGUGCGAUACACGACGCUAUACACUAUCGCUGCAUCACUCCACGCCAGACUACGUAUAGUACCACUGCAUUGUAUGCACUUGCCGGUCUAGCUCUUUUGGUCCGGCUGGCCUAUUUCGCAUCACAUUCGAUAACACCAAGCACAUCGUUUCACACCUCACGGCAACUGCAGUACGGAGAACUAUCUUUCAUCGUGUGACACGCGCCGACCAGAUGAGGUCGAUAUUUUUCUUCUGUUUCGUUAGACGUCUCGGCCGGCUAUUAUUUGCUGUUGCCAUACAGCUGGUACGAAUUAGUCUCAUUGACGCUUCAGUGCGCGGAUCUUUUUGCCAGAACAUAUUUCUGGCUUACGUGAUUUUUGCAAUGGUACGGUGCCCGACAGCGUGUUCAUAAAUCGACGCAUGUUUGAUGUUAAAUGACCACACCUAUUAGGAAAUGAAACCAUUUACGUUUACGCGUGUGACGUCGCUCUUGGUUGACUGACCCGAACUCAACUAAUCCAGUGAGCUUGAAGCACAUUGGCCCAGUUUCCUGUUUGCUUCUACUUACUUGGUGACAUGUGUCUUGAACUUUGUCAGGACGAGCGUUUGCAGAUGUGUUCGCCUUUAGACGAUAGUGCCGUCAAUACAGAGCUUCCUGUCUUCAGAAAUCUUCUGCCCACCGCAUUAUAUUUAGAGCCAGCGAAUUUCAGCACGAUGCCAUGUACACAGAUAGCUUGUUAACUACCAGCAGGUCUUCACUUAGUCAGCGGUACAGCAGCUGAGUAGAAUGAAGGCUACUCAAAGGGAUGACCUGCCGGUGCAGCAAUUUAACCAAUGUGAUUGAAUAGCCGGAAAUUGAGAGGUUCAGCCGCAGGCUUUCGUUUAGUUACGUUACGGAGUGAGGUUUUCUGCUGUCUCGUUGCUUGCUUCGCAGUUUCAGCUUAAACGCAAACUACACACGCGCGUAUAGUGAAAGGCAAGGUACGGGUGUGGCUUUUUGUAGUAUUGCUUGAUUGUGCUCGCUUUUUUUUCGCUUACUCUCCUUUUUCUUUUCGAGUGUUUCUUUAUCAUUAUUUCUUUUUUUUUCUUGAAACGGUGGUGGUUGACAGCGAAAAUGUUCCACUUCAUUGACUUACGAAUAACUUCAUUGCUCUUGGCAUGUGUGGAAGUUGUAAUCUUUGCGCUGUUCUUAUAAAUAGUUGCGGUUAUUAUUUGACCGGUAUGUUCUAUUUACGGCAAUGAAUUGGAAACGCUCCGUGUAGUCCAUAGUAAAUGACUGUUGUUCUUUUUUCUGCUGCCGUCUCGGUAGGUACGUGCAUUAGGUCCCUUUAGGGUUGAAUACGCGAUAAUGACGAUGAAAACGAACAUGACGGUUGCUAUCGCAGGAAUCGCUUCGUUUCUCAGUUCAGUCCAGUUGCUAGAUGCAACAAGUGAUGCGCAGUUAUUGUCAAGCCUAGUCAAUCCAUUUCGCGUUUGACAAGAUGUGCACCAGGAUCAAGAAUUUUGAAAUGCUCCCAGUGGCAAGACUGGUAGAGCCCGCAUCAAAAGGGUCGGGUUCAAUGAAAAUCUGGAUUGCAGACCGUUUGUUUGCAUGCGGCCAGUAAAAAGGUUCACAUUUUUGUUGGUCGCAUACGGUAGCACAGGUAAAAUGUCUGAGACCCAGGCUACGUGCAAAAGUUCAGAAACGUUUGGCACUUUGUAAGAUUAUUCGCCUCGCCCACAUAAAAUGGCGAAUGG